GCCAUUCGGUUGUUGGGAUUAUUUUACAGCUAUGUGCUGUCUGGAGUUUUCAUGAUGAUUACAGUUUAGCUUCGUGAAUAUUGUGGGUCACUCAUAGUGCGCAAUCUUUGAACAUGCAGUCAGCUGAUCGAAAUCCAAUUCUCGGAUAUCAAAUGCUAAACAUAACUGGGGAUGAUGUUACUGAACUCCUUGGUUUUAUGAUCGACGCAGAUUUUAACGAACAAGUGACGAAAUAUUAUCCGAAGGAGACACAGCGGAUAAAUGAUAUUUGCAAUGUACUUUCAUUUGAGGACUGUCCGGCUGAUGUUUUAGAAAACUUGGAUGGCUACUUGUGCGGCCAUUACCCACCACUUAUUUCAAUCCCUCGUAUUCGACAUUCAUCGAUAUCACUGGCAGACUUAGGCCAGCUCAUGCUUCAGUCCAAAUUCGCUCGGUGUCGAACGCGAUUUGUGGUACCUUCGUUUUCAUUUCAACAAAAGUAUGUAUGCCGGUCUAGUACGUUAAGUGGACCAUUGGAAUUUUAUGGCCGACAAGUUGCCACUGUUGCAGGUUUUACUUUUGAUGGGCACGUUGUCAAUCCUCCUUCAGGAGGAGAACUUCAGGACAUAAGUCUCGAGACGGAAAAUGGGCGUCAGAGUUUGGAGAAAUUGCGUGAUGAUGACUGCGAGUUGAUUCGACGUUUAAAUGUCACCUAUAUCUGUGAUUUUAUGUUAGAAUAUAGAAAAAUAAAAUGUUGGGUUCCCAUCAGCUCUUCAGAAAAAGUGGAUCAACAGGGACGCUACAACGAUCUUAUAAUCAUUCCUCUACCUUAUCCUGGUAGUGAAUUCUUUCGUAUAUGGCGUGAUUCUGGUUAUGCAAUGCACAAUUUAUUCUUCGAUUGGAAUCGGUCAGGUGUUGAAGUACCCGUGAACCCAGAUCUUAUCCCCAAAACUCUGUUUUCAGCUUCAAUAGAAUGGAGUUCUUACAAGUCCUGGGAUAUACAUACAAUAACUAUGAACUAUAUGAAACUACUCCUUGGUUUGCUUUAUGAAGGUGCUGGCGGAUUGUUGUUACACUGUGUUUCUGGAUGGGAUCGUACACCAUUGUUUAUUUGUCUUUUACGCUGUCUAUUAUGGGCAGAUGAUUUAAUGCAUUCUAGUCUCAAACCAAUUCAAAUGUUAUAUCUGACUUUGGGUUAUGAUUGGUUUUUAUUUGGUCAUAAAUUACAAACACGUAUGGAGUUAGGAGAAGAGAUAUUACGAUUUACAUUCCAGUUUAUCAGUGAAAUGGCGAAUUGUACAGAUUUAUCACUGCGUAAAGUGUAUGACAUUCACGUUACAGCUGACUCUAAAAAUUCAGAUUCAGAUGAUUCACCGUUUAUUGACCUACGUUCUAGUGAUGAUUUACAACGUUUAAGACAAUCACGAUUGGAAGAGCUAUCCACAUUAUUCUUUCAGUAUUGGAAUAAAGAACUAAGAGAGCAUGUAAAUCGGUUUAAUGUCAACAAUAAAAGCUCCGAUAUCAAUGAAUCUGUUACUUUGGAUAAAAACACAUGCAACACAAGAAAAUCAAUUUGUAAAGAUGACACAAUCUCUGAAAGUUCAAAUAAUCCAGAAAAUAAAGAUGAAACAUUAACAGAUGUAAAUUAUAUGAAUAGAAAUCGGAGUAGUCGGUCUGGAAGUCAACAAUCAAUUGUUUACAAGUAAAUCCUUGGCUUCUAAGUUUUACAUAAGCCAAUAAAUAAAUAAAAUAAAUAAAUGAAAGCCGUCGGUUACUUUUGGGAUAUUAUAUCAAAUGUUCUGACUUCCGCUGUUUCAGUUGUCACCACGAAUUUAGUUUCAUCAAUAUUACCGUCGGCAUCUUCAUCUUCCUCCGAUUCAAAUAUUAACAGUAACAAUAAAACGAAAAUAAGAAAAGAUUCAGUUACAUAGAAGAAAGUUGUGCUUUUUGUUUCAGUACUAUUUCUAAAUUAUAUAUAUAUAUAUAUUUCUCUAAUUAUUGACAUUUGGUUUUUUGAAUGCAAAUUAUAAUAAUGAAGAUGUUUCAUGCAGAUAAAGUAAUCUAUGAUGGAUCCUUCUUAAAGAACGAAAAAUAAACUAUAUCAUAUAUACACAGUAUGCUGAUGAUUUGAGUAUUGCUUUUUGAAAAACCUUAUUUUUGUUUUCCUGAAUAAUUUGUUAAUGUAGUUUUGUUUUCGCUUGUGUUUGUCAUCAUUCUUUUCGAUUAGAGAAUAUUAUGUUCAUUUAUUUAGCUCAUAUAUAUUUGUAUUCGUACAUAAUUUGUUUGUUUGAUUCAAAAUUAUUAUUUAAAUCCAUGUGUAACUUGCUUUAAUUACUACAUACAUAUAAAGAAAUAUAAGGUAGUCAGGAGGGAUUUUAAUGUUUAUGACAUUGCAUUGUCUGUUAACUGCGUUCAAGUGACUGAUUAUAUGUAUAACAAAGGUGAAAGUAGAAAUUUAGUAAAAUGCUAAUCAUAGUGGUGAUAACUUGAGAGGCUUUCCGAGGUGGACACCAGGAAGGAGCAAAUAAGUUUCAAAUUCUUUUAUUUAUUCUGUUGUUCAGUCACUUUUGGUGUUAUGCAUUCCUCAGUAAUUGGUGUAUCCCGAUAAAGUAAUACGAUUCAAAAACGUGCCGUUGAUCAUCACGAAACUCAAACUACCGAUCUUUAGUGUUGUUUAAUAUUGUGUAGUAAGUAGUUUUUUCCGAUAUCGUUUUAUUUUGAUUUGCUGACAAAUCAAAUUCUCUUGCUGACGAAGUAAUAUUAUCUUUAUCUAUGGGUGCAUGUAAACAUUUGAACAUUUCUGUAGUUACAGAAAACUUAUUCACUCUAAUUCAGAAACAUAAUUGUGAUCUCGUACAAUUAUUAUUAUUAUUGCUCUCUUGGGCUCCUAGUGGAACAUAGGGCUUCAACUUCACGUCUCCAUUUGCUUCUGUCUUCUGCUGUACUUUUCAUCUGCCUCCAUGUUAGUCCAUACUGUUUCAACUCCUCUUCACACGAUCUCCUUCAUGUCACCCUUGCACUGACGUCCCACACGCCGCUUCCCUUUCGGCCUGGUUCCACUCGAGGGCUUAACGCGCGAUGUCUCCCAGAGGUCUCCUCAGCGAGUGUCCAAUCCAUCUCCACUUUCUCCUGCAUAUUUUUUGGGCGAUUGGUUCUUGCUUUGUUUGUUCCCAUAAUUCCUUGUUGGUGAUUCUUUCCGGCCAUCUGAUCUUCAGUAUAGAGAGCGAAGACAGUUGUUAAUAAAGGCUGGUCUGCAACAGGCUGUUGGAAAUAUUCUUUGUGACCCUUCAAGUUUCUGAUCCGUAUAGAAGAACUGACUGACUUGACGUUUGUAUUGAAAAUCCGACUGGAUUUUGUUGUUGAUGCUGAGUGACGAAGAUUUCCAGAUUGAUUUCAGGUUGGUGAAUGUGUUUCUCGCCUUCCCGAUUCUCGCUCGAUUUGACAUCCUCGUCCGUUCCUCCUGUAGUUGAGACAAUGCUCCCUAGAUAAGUGAAUGAAGUAACCUCUUUCAAAUCCCUCCCGUUGAUGGUGAUUGACGCUGGAUGUUGCUGCUGUUGUUGUUGUUGGUUGGUUAUUUUCAUCACCUCCGUCUUGUCUAUGUUCACCUGGAGUCCUGUCUUCGCCUGCUGCUUCUUCGACCAGUUUGUCGGUUUUCGCUUGUAAGUCUUCGACUUUGUGUGACAUCAAACAUAAAUCAUCCACGCGCGAAAUCCAGGUCUUCUAGGUUCUUCACGUCGGUCCAGGAUAUCCCUGUCUUCUCGUUUCCCACUGUCUGACGCAUAAUCCAGUCAGUCCACCACAAUUAGGAAUAUCAUUGGUGAUAAUAAGCACCCUUGUCUGACUCCUGUGUUUACUCCAAACGCCUCGCUGAGUUUUCCGUUGUGGAUCACUUGACAUGUGCCGUUGUCGUACAGCUGUUGAAUAAGGUUGAUGAAUAUUUGGGGUACACCGUAGUACUCGAGUAGUUUCCAAAUUACUUCACGAUCAACGCUGUCGAAGGCCUUCUCAAAGUCUAUAAAGUUGAGGUAGAGGUUUGAUCGCCAUUCCAUGCUUUGUUCUGUGAUGAUGCGUAGAGUUGCAAUUUGGUCAGUACAUGAUUUGCCUUUCCUGAAUCCAGCUUGUUCUGGUCGGAGUUCUGUCUCCAGUGCGUCCUUUAUUCUCUCCAGGAUGAUGCGACUCAGGAUUUUACUUGGCGUCGACAGGAGCAUGAUUCCUCGCCAGUUCUUGCAGAGUGGGUCCUAAGUCGCCCUUCUUUGGUAGUUUCACGAGGUAACCUUUCCUCCAGUCAGUAGGCACCUUUCCCUCCUUCCAGACCUUUUGCAAUAAUGGAGUCAGCAUGUCUGCUGUAGUCUCUGGGUCCGCUUUCAGUGCUUCAGGGGGUAUUCCAUCUGGUCCGGCUGCUUUUCCAGCUUUCAGAAGCUUGAUUGCGUUCAAGACUUCAGCUCUCGUUGGGGGAUUGGUGUCAACUUGCAGUUGUGUGCGCGCUGUUGUUGGUAUUUCUGGACGGGUUGCAGGUGAUGGUCGGUUCAAGAGUCCUUUGAAGUGAUCCGCCCAUUGUUUAAUCUGUUUUUCUUCCUUGGUAAUUGGGUUCCCUUGGCUGUCUUUUAUAGGUUUCGCUUGUGUUGAUCUCUUCCCGGAUAGAGAUUUGGUUAUCUGAUAUAAUGUCCUCAGGUCCCUUUUGCCUGCUGCCUUCUCAGCUUCAGUGGCGAGGUUGUCGUAGAAUCGUCUUUUGUCCUUCCUAGCACUCUUCUUCACUUCUUUGUCCAGUGCCUGUGUAAGUUGAGCUCAUCGUCUCCUUCUCCUGUCCGUCCUUGCAUUGAAUCAUUUUCUCUUUCACCAUUCUCCUCUCUUCUAUUAAUUUCCAAGUGUCCGUUGAGAGCCAUUCCUUGUCUUGUCUCUUCUUUCUUCCUAGAACCGUUGAACACGUUUCGUUGAGAAUCGCCUUCAGAGACUUCCAAUGUUCUUCCACGCAUGAUUCUUCAGUGAUGUCGCGUAGUGUUUCCUGCUUUGCUCUGACAGUUGCAGUGAAAGUGUCUUUUGUGGUUGUGUCCUUCAGUUUCUGAGUGUUGAACUGGUAUUGUGGCCUAUACCCAGCUAUCCUUGAGGCUCGUACAAGAUAUACAGUUAAUAACUGAACAAAAUUCCUGCAAAAGUAAUUCUUCAAGAUAUUAUAAUAAAUCUUUCUUUUCAGUUUACAUCUCUGGCUAGAACUUAUGCUGUUUAAAGCACAUUUUAAUGCAGUGAAGUCUGGCGGUGUAUAGUGUAUUUCAGCUGAAGGAGUAUUGAUUUUUAAAAUUACCCAAUCACUAGUUCUUUAAAUGUAUUCCUGCAUCAAAAGCUUUUUCAUACAAGUAUCUGCUUCUUAGUUUCAAUUUCGUGAAAACAUUUCUUUUUUAUCGUAUUCACUCAGUCACUAAGUACGUUGAGUCUAACGAACUGGAUUGUGAAAAACCUCUUUUUCAUGGUUGAAUAAAGUGGCCUUCCUGGUCAAAUUUUAGUGUACCGAUUCAAUUACUUAUUGAAAUAUGCGAAAUGAAACGGUUCCAGAAGAUACACUCUUCCACAACUUAAUUUCUGACCUUUUUACAAUAACAAUUUUGCACGGUUUUGUUGUACAAGAUUGAAUUGCUAUAAAUAAUACUUGAUUCGAAAAAGCAACUCGGAUGAAGCUCAUAGACAGUGACAAUUUUUAAUAGUAUGCGAAAAAACGACAAAGGUAAUGGAAUAAGGAUAAUUAACAUGUUAGAUUGCAUAAUAAUAUUAGCAGCUUUAUUCCAAACGGUAUUUGUGGUACAGGUAUGGAAUUUUCAGCGUGCAUUACAGUAUAUUGCAUCUAAUUACCUCAUAAAUUAUAUAAGAUUUU